AUGCGGGCAAAGGCGGUGGGUGUCCCGAUCGACGCUUCAUGCGAUAAACCGAUUGUACUCCAACCACAACACUUUUGUCAAACAACCCCAAUCCAUAUCAAAUCAAGGCGGAAUAGAAAUAUUCUUCCCAAGAUCACCAUGGCUCAAGAUCCAAGAGUUCUUCUACAGAAAGCCGACAAAGCCCUCUCUGGCGCCUCGGGUGGCUUUAGCUGGUUUGGAGGACGAACUGAGAAAUACGAAGCUGCUGCCGAUCUGUAUACCCAGGCUGGAAAUGCUUUUCGGGUACAGAAGCUGAAUAAGGAAGCUGGACAAGCUUUCGAGCGUGCUGCCUCUAUUCAGACUCAGAACCUUAACGAACCCGACGAUGCUGCCAAUACUCUCCAGGAAGCCUUUAAGGUCUACCGCAAGUCUGACCCGGAGGAUGCGGUCCGUGUGCUUUCCAGUGCUAUCCAACACUACGUACUAAAGGGUAACUUGCGUCGUGCGGCUACACAGCAGCAGUACCUGGCUGAGGUUUAUGAGGUCGAGCUGGGAGAUAUGAAGAAGGCGCUGGAGGCAUAUGAGAAGGCCGCGGAGUGGUUUGAGAGUGACAAUGCUGAGGCUCUCGCAAACAAGCACUUCCUCAAGGUUGCAGACCUCGCUGCUUUGGAAGGCGAUUACUACACAUCCAUCAAGUACUACGAACGUAUUGCCCGGCAAUCCAUGAACAACCAUCUCAUGAAGUGGUCGGUGAAAGACUACCUCUUGAAGGCAGGAAUUUGUCACCUUGCUACCAAUGACCUCGUCGAAACUAACCGCGCCUUCGAAUCCUACCGUGAACUUAACCCCGCCUUCGUCUCAGAGCGUGAGCACCAGCUCCUUGUGGACCUGCUCCAAGCUAUUGAGGCGAAAGACCAGGACAUGUUUGCGGAUAAACUGUUUUCGUUCGAUCAGCUCAGCAAAUUGGACAAGUGGAAGACAACCUUGCUUUUGCGCAUCAAGAGCAAUAUCGAGGAGGAAGAGGAAGACUUCUCCUAAAUUUGAUUGCUUUAAUUUUGUUAUUGAUUCUGAUUCCCCCGCCUUCGUUGAGUCAGGAAUUUUUACAUGAGAUUUCCCUUUGGUGCUGUUUCUUGCCUCUCAUUAGUUCUCAUUUGUCUGGCUUGGAAAUGAACAAAGGCCUUGCAGUGAUGUCGAGUCGACAUAAUUCUGGAUUUGCGCUCUG